AUGAAGCUGAUGAGUUUGUGUUCAAUCCUCUGUUUUGUCCUCAUAAGCUUCGGUGCUAAUGCUUCUUUUUCAGAAGAAACAUGUUCCAACAAUGGGUUUUUCACGCCCAACGGUACCUACGAUGCAAACCGCCAUCUCAUCCUCUCUUAUCUUCCUUCCAACGUCACGGCUCAAAAGGGUCUCUUCUACAACGUCUCCAUCGGACAAGAACCGAACCGUAUCUACGCAGGAAUGUGCAUCCCAGGAUCAGACAUGGCUGACUGUUCUACUUGUAUCAAGUCCGCCUCUGAUGCUUUGAUACAGAGUUGUCCAAACCAAAAAGAAGCGUAUUCAUGGCCAGGUGGUCCCACGCUUUGCUAUGUGCGCUACUCCAACAUUUCUUUCUUAAGAUCUUUAGAACUAAUUCCAGCUAGUAGUAACCUCAACGGUGCAAAUGCAACCUCAGAUCUAACACAGUUCACGGAGAUAUGGGAAGACUUAUAUGUUCGUAUGGUUGAUGCAGCAUCCACAUCUAAAAGCACACCAUCCUCUAGUGAUAACUAUUACACAGCUAAUAUCGCAGUCUUGAAUCCUUACCAGAAUAUCUAUGCAUUGUUGCAAUGCACGCCGGAUCUUUCCUCUGGUGAUUGUAGGACUUGCCUCCGAGAGAGCGUAAGUUACUACAACCGGCAAUGCUGUAAUAAGAGGCAAGGGAUCCGUUUCCGGCGGCCAAGUUGCUAUUUCCGGAUGGAGAUGUAUGCAUUCUCUAAGGCUUCGUUUGUUAGUUUUACGGCGGCUUCUCCUCCUCCUGCAGUUGAUCAGACUAGCAAUAUCAACACUGAUAACAAAGGACUCUCAGCUGGAGUUAUCAUGGCGAUUACCGUUGCAACUGUUGUUGGCGUCUUAAUACUGCUUGUUCUUGGAUGUGUUUUCCGUCGGAGGAGAAACUCAUACCAAAGAGCUCUUAAUGAAACUGAUAAUGACAUUUCAAUUACACAUUCAUCUCAAUACGACUUUAAGACAAUUGAAUCUGCAACAAACAACUUUUCCAGGAGUAAUAAGCUUGGUGAAGGUGGAUUUGGCGAGGUUUACAAAGGUACACUUUCAAAUGGAACUGAAGUGGCUGUGAAGCGAUUGUCAAAAAUGUCAGGGCAAGGGACAAGAGAGUUCAGGAACGAGGCUGUUCUUGUGUCAAAACUUCAACAUAGGAAUCUAGUUAGGCUUCUUGGAUUCUGUUUAGAAGGAGAAGAAAAGAUUCUUAUCUAUGAGUUUGUCCCAAACAAAAGCCUUGACUAUUUCCUAUUUGACCCUGAGAAGCAAGGUCAGCUAGACUGGACUCAGCGAUACAAUAUUAUUUGUGGGAUUUCUAGAGGAAUUCUUUAUCUUCAUCAAGAUUCACGUCUCACAAUCAUACAUCGUGACCUCAAAGCAAGUAACAUUCUUUUGGAUGCUGAUAUGAACCCAAAAAUUUCAGAUUUUGGACUGUGUACGAUCUUUGGAAAAGAUCAAAGUCAAGGCAAUACCAACAGAAUUGCUGGAACUUACGCUUACAUGUCUCCUGAGUAUGCAUUGCAAGGUCAAUUCUCCAUGAAAUCUGAUGUUUACAGCUUUGGCGUCUUAAUUCUCGAGAUUAUAAGUGGAAAGAAAAACAGUAGUGUCUACCAGAUGGAUGAAACUAGUACUGCUGGAAACUUGGUCAAUAAUGCUUGGAGGCUUUGGAGAAACGGAUCCCCACUAGAGCUGUUGGAUCCAGCUAUUGGAAGGAAUAAUCAAAAUAAUGAAGUCACUAGAUGCAUCCAUAUUGCGUUAUUAUGUGUUCAAGACAAUCCAGACGACCGUCCAAUGUUAUCAACUAUCAUUUUGAUGCUCAGUAGCAACACAAUCACUCUAGCAGUGCCUCAACUACCGAGUUUUUUCCCGCGUAGCAGGCCUGAAUUUGAGCAGGUGAAGUCUCUCGGAUUCUCCAGAUCGACAUCAAACGUCUCACUGAGCAAUGAUAAGGAAAUGGUACUGCGUAAGAGUACUCAUAAUGGUACUGCGCCUGAGCUUAAACGGUUGGCAAGUAAGAUUGUCACGCCAACAGCUGAUGACACAAUCUUGGAGAGCUAUGUAACAGUCCGAACUAAGGGAGUUGCUAAAUCUCUGUCAUUUUCACAUGAGGUUGUCCAGGACCUAAAUGGAGAUGAUCAAAUGAUUGGUGCGCUGAAUGAUAUGGAUAAUAUUGAGCAACAAGGCGACGACAUGAUGGAGUUUGAACCCAUCGUAAUGAUGAUGAUCUUCUAG